AUGAUAUUGGCUAUUUUAUACAGUGGCGUUUGGCUAUGCAAUACGAUCUACGAAAUGAUAUUGGGAGUUGAGUACUAUAUUUUUAUGAUAGAGUCAGCUAUUUUAUUAUGGUAUCGAGUUGGGGAUAGUAAUAAGUUUCCUCAUAGUCCAAAAACUAUAAAAAUCUAGACAAUCUAUAAGUUUCCUUAUCCCAAUUCUGCUAUUAUCUCUAAACAUAUUAAGUAAGUGAUUAAUUAAACAGUAGUACUUUUGCAGGAGAAGAAUCCUGAGAAGGUGUUUUUAUUUCUGCUUCCACCCUUCCUCUAUGACAAUUUAAAUAAGGAUUAAAAACAGAAACUCUAUUUUAACAUUUUCAAAUCCCUGCAUCUCAUCA